GAGAGAGAGCGCGAGAGAGAGAGAGAUGUAGAGACAGGAAGCCUCCACUGCUUCUGAGCCAGUGAGACGCAGGCAGGCGGAGAGAGAAGACGGAGCGAGAGAGAGAGAGAGAAAGAGAGAGAGGCCCUCCAAGGCAUCUCCGAGACCAGCCCAAUGAGGGGAUGAGGGGCUCAGGAGCACAGCAACAGAAAGGAUAGUGGGAAGAGAAGAAGAAACGGAGGGAUAAGAGAAAGGUUGGUUUUUCGGAAAAAGGCUUCAGUGGAAGAAGGGGAGUCGGGUUGGUGGGAGGGAUCAGAAAUGAGGAGGGAAGGAGCAGAUAAAAGUUUUGGAGAGGGAGAGAGAAGGAAAAAAGAGACUGAAUAUAGUCAGAUAGUGUCAUCAAAAAGACGGGAGAAGAUUCAUGGAAAAAGAGGAUGAAGCUCUGUGUCCCAGGAGUCCUCCUGUUCGUCUUCUUUUUCUCCUUCUGUCUGUGAGGCUGCUGGACAUCAUCCAUCACCAUGUUCUCUGACAGCAGAGCUCCAGUGCCGGGGGAGCAGAAAGGCUUCAAACCCCACACCCCUCACUUCAUCCCCUGGCUGCGAAAUAGUCUGAAACCCCACCAAAGCGGAGACAUAGGGCUCAACGGACAGUUCAAAUCUGGUUCGGAGGCCCGCAACAACCUGACCCCUCUGGAGAGAGCCAAAGGCAUUGGGUUCUUCUCCAUCCAGGGGAAGGACCGAGCCAAGAAGGGUGAGCUUCGGUGUAAUGGCGUGGGGAUGGCGAGGAUGCUGCCGGUGGUGCUUAGGGGGCACAACAUCCUGCAGGGGAGCCUGGGAAAGCAGAGGGAAGAGAGUCCUGCAAGGUGGAACCAGUCUCCAGAACUGCAACCAGACCCAAGCACCCAGAUCAGUCCAGAGGAGGCACCGCAAGAUGUAAGCAAGGGCUCCACGAGGAACCACAGUGGAACCCUUCAGCCGCAGAAUGACAGGGCCAGCACCAAGGUUAGGAAAUAUGGGCCGCUCGUAGGACCACCUCCUGCGCCUGCUGCUGAAGAGAAAAACUGUAAAGUUCCAGUGGUGAUGGGCAUGGAGGACAGAAGCAAGAAGUUAUGGGACUACAGCAGCAACACCACUCACCGCCAUAGAGACCUGCAUUCCUCCAGUUGGGUCGGCACAGACAGGCCGGGGCUCUUAGAGAGGCAGCAUGGCUUCACCUCAAGCUUCAGCUACAUCAAACAGCAGAGCAGGAACUCGCAGAGCCAGAGAGACCUGAGGGAACCACCUGUGGAGGGUUUCCACAGGCCACUCAAUGGAGUCCUCUUCUCCACUGAGGUUCCUCAGAGCGGCCUGGGCUGCACCACGACACUGCAACGACCUAGGAAAGCCAGGCAAAGCUUGGAGCACAUCUCGAUCCUAGGCCAGAAUCAGACGUGGGUGCAGUACAGGAAGAAGAAUGGAGGGGAGUCGCAAAAGACGGAGGGAGGCUGCAGCAGGAAAGUGGUUCGAAAACAGAUCAAACGAGUGGUGGAUAAUCUGGAGCAGGUUCUUACAGCAUUGAGGGAUGUACAGCAGGAGAUGAGAGAGGUGGUGCAUCAGAUCGACUAUCUCACCUCAUCCAUUGAUCUGAAUGACGAGGAGCAGUGGAGGACUGAAAGAGACGACAGCGACAAGCCUUCCAGCGACAGCAGCUCUGGUUCAGGUUCCAGCACUGGUGAUGUCAUGGUGGGAAGCACCAAUCAGAGACCUUCAGGGAGACAACACCAGCCAGGAGCGUCAGUCUCAUCUGGCACCCUCAGGAGAGAUCAUUGUUACAGCAGGAGCCAAUCUCCGCCAAACGCUCUGCUGUGCCCAAGUCGUACUCUUCGCUUCACCUGCAGUCUGGGGUCUUCUCCCAGACGAGGUGGACGCAGUCUUUCUUCAUCAAACCCUCCUCAUCUGCAAAACCAUGCCUCAAAUGACCCUAACAUGUCUCCCCAAAGAAUCCUUCCUGUGAGGCCUCCAACUCCUGGUCUUUCCCCUUUGACCAUAAACCUCCAUCACUCCAACAGCCCUUCCUCCCAGCCUCACUCCCCUGUACCUCUCUCCUCUAUCAGGGUCUCCCCUCCCUCCACUGUGUCUCUAAAUCCUCCCCCGCCCUCCAUCAACAACCCUUCUGUCAUCAAAGAGAACAAAGUUGGGGAAUAUGAGACGCCAAAAAUCGACAACCAAUCUGUCCAAUCUCCAUCUGCGAGCUGCCCACCCACAGAACCAAAAACUCAACCUGUUUCUGAUACCGACAGAGAGAGGCGAGCAUCCUCAGCAGGCCCCGUUCACAGAACCUCAGAGGCUAAACUACAGACAGGACAAUGCCGUAGAAGUCGCAAGCCACCGCCGUACCCCCACCACAGACUUUCUGAUCCAACAGAGAAAGUUAAGGAGCCCCGCAAAGCUCCCCCAUACCCCGAAAAAAGAAGGCUGCUCUCGACCACAGUGUGAGACAAUGCAGCAGCAGGAGCAGGAGGCUGAUCGAGACAAAGCCAUAUACACAACAACCAGCCACAAGUCGGCAAGCGUGCAGAGUGAUUUAAGGCUCGUCAAGAUGAGCUGAGACCAAGUUUCUAAGGUUACAGGACGUAACUUGGGGUGAGUAUGUCAGGAUGAACAGCUUGACUCUGUGGACAUCCUCCUAUACAAAUCUCUUGA